CAAAAGUAUUCUUGAUAGCUAUCUAGAUCUCAUAUACAAUGUCUUUACAAUUUUUGACGCUCAUCUUUCUCCUUUCUGCUGCUGUGAUCUAUCACAUCCCCGUCGUGACUUGCGAACCAUGGUGCUCGGCGAUGCCUUCUUCCACACCUGAGCAGUUACAAGCCAACAUUCAGCUUGCUUGCAGUCGUGUGGAUUGUACACCGAUCCAACCCGGUGGAUUUUGCUAUUACCCUAAUACUUUACUAGACCAUGCUUCGUUUGUCAUGAACUCUUACUACAAGAGUCAAGGUCGCACUUAUGCUGCUUGUAGCUUCGGCAAUACUGGUUACCUUAUUUAUUCCGACCCAAGUACUGGCACAUGUGAAUUUUAAAUUUAAUCGAAAAAAACAUAGAAAUCUUCAGCAUACUUAUACAUUUUUAUUUUGUUUUAAUAAUGGGUUUCUGUUUCGGACUCUUGUAUUUCCAAACUAAAAUAAA